UGAAGUACUCACGCUUUUAAAAAACUACAAACUUGAGAAGUUUUAUGACCAGUUUGUUGAACUUGGGAUUGAGGAUGUGCAGGAUUUCAUUGACGGUGUAACUGAUGAGGACUUGGACAACAUGGAGUUUACGCAAGUUCAGAAGAACAAAUUCAGAAACAUGAUAGAGGAGAUUCAGAGACGUGGUUCAGCUCCUCCUCAUGAAGAACCAUUGAGAAAAUCACUGCAGGCAUAUUCCCUGUAUUAUUCAUUUCCAAAAUGCCAAGGGCUCAAAGAAAUACUUGAUAUGGACCCGUUACAAAACACAGUGGAGGAUCUUAUUCUGAGGAUUGGCUUUGGCGAGAACAUCAGUGACGACAUGACUGUGUGUCUGUUCACCGCUGAGGGAAUGCCUUUGACAGAUGAUCCAUUCUUCAAUACAUGGUCCCUGAAAGACAGGCACAUUGAAAAUGGCAGUGAACUGUAUGCCAUAUUUACACCAAAAGAAAAUUUAAGAGUAACUGCCACAGACUCCCAGCAGCAAGACAGCAGAAGAAAUGAAGGCCCAAACACUGUCUUCUGUCAUGUGAUGCUAAAAGGCAGGUAUGACAUCCAUGUGAACUUGGACUGUGACACAUUGAUUGACUUGAGAGGACAGCUUUCACUUGAGAGUGGAAUACCUUCACAUGUGCUUCACCUUAAGGACUAUGACUGGAAUGUCGGUGAAACACUAUAUAAUCUGGGAGUCCGUGAGGACACAGUGCUACAGUUCUCUUUGUCUUCAUUUCAUGGUGAAGUACCAGAGAUGAAUAAAUUCUGCCAAAGUGAUAUCACACCAUCAGUGAAACAAACAGAGAAGGGCCUCAGUGCCUUUUUCUCUGUCUUGAAUGCCAUCAGAAUUGAAGAUGGAGGAGAUGAGUUCAAGGAAGUGAUUGCAUACAUUCGGAAAAUCAGUGGAUGCAAUGCCUUAGCUCAGAGCUUGUUUCAGGUUAUGUGCCAAAACGUGACUGGUACACGGGUCCAGAAGAUUGCUAUAGUAGAAGGACUUUACUAUCUCUUCAGAGAGUUGUUACCCAGCCAUACAAAAAGAUCUGAUGACAGGAUAAUUGAGGACAUGGAUGUUUUUGAGUAUGCCCCAGUUUGCUGGGCCUACCUCAUGUCUCAAGCACAGGAUAUGAGCACAGAGCAUGAAAACUAUACUCAAAUUUCCAUGAAGGCACCGUCAACAAAUCAGCGUUUUUCUGAGCCGGUGCGUGUACCAGGCGUGCCUGAAGUUUUUGAGAGAAUGGAUGUGCUGGAUGUGAUUAGAGAGGGUGGUCGAAUUCCAAACUGCAGUGAACUGAACCUUAAAGAGACAUCACUGAAAAAAGCCACUGAUGUUGAAAAGAUUUUGCUCAGUCUCCCACCGUUUAUUGAAUCCUUCCCCCUUUGGACUGACUGUGAUGGCACUACACCUGAUUCCAGUUUUAACAUCAAUCCAGAGGAAACAUUUGCCCAAAUGAACAAGAAAGUGGAGGAUUAUUCUCAUUUGGUCGUAACUCCACCACUACAGCUCAAGGAUUUCGGAGUCUGCGCACCACGCUUGAUCCUCCUCAGUCCUGAAAGAUUUGGUAUGUACAGCUAUAAAGAUAAAGGGACUCCUCAAAGCAUUGUUGUUUUUGAACCUCUUGCUGGAAAACACAUCACUGUGGACAUAGAUGAGCUGGCUAACAAACUGAGAGAUGUCAGAGAAGAUCUAACUUUCAAAGUCACCAAGACUCCAAAAGAAGCUAUUGUGGUACUUCUAGACUCAAGUUCCUCCAUGGGUGAGGAGUGUUUUGACAAAGACUGCAAAAUGAAGCGAAUUGAAGCCAUCAAAGAAAUAUUUGACAGCUUUGCCAACCGAUGCAUGGCUUAUAAUUUUGAACAAGUUAUCUGCCUCGUAAAGUUUGACUCUGUAGUCAAAACUCUUCAUACAUUCACAGAAACUGUGGAAACCUUUAAGGAGCAUGUACAUGGACUUCAGCCAUCUGGAGCCACUUUGUUGUAUGAUGCUUUAAAUCGUGGCUGCAAAGAACUGAACCAAAUCAGACAGAGAUUUCCAGAUUGCCGAUGUCGCAUUUUAUGCCUGACGGAUGGAAAUGACUGUGGAUCGAUGUGUAUGCCGGUUGACACUGCAAAGAAGUUGAUGGCUUCAAACAUUGUUGUUGAUGCUGUGCUGAUUGGAGCCGUACACAACACUGAGCUGCAUGGGAUCAGCAAUGUUACAGGUGGUUGCUGUUUUAAGCCUGAAACGAGCAAAGAAGCCUUGCAACUCUUUGAGAUGGAAACGGUCUUGUCAACGGAGCUAAGAAAGGAAAAGAAACACUUCGAUAUAUCAUCGAUUAACACCGUGAAUGACCUGAACAUCUUUGGGAUGUGUGGUUAUGAUGUCAAACCAGAGGUUAAAUUACCUCCACAGAUACACAACAGUGUGACACUGACGAAGAAUGCUUUGAAAAAGAGGAUCAUGGAAUCCAAGUCGGGGAUCUUUUUGGAGAAGGACAAGAGGAUUUUGGAAGAGCUCAAAAAUCUUCACUGCGACCCUCACCCUUUCUGCACAGUGCUGCCCUCUGAGUCGGAUUUUACCUUUUGGAAGAUUCUCAUGAGAGGUCCACCUGACACCCCUUACGAAGAUGGAGUCUUUGAGCUGUAUUGUGAGUUUGGUCCUGAGUACCCUGUGAAACCACCUCUUGUGAGAUUCGUCACCCCUGUUUACCAUUGCAAUGUGAACAAUGUGGGAAGAAUCUGUCACAACGUAUUUGAUCGAAAUUACUCAGCCCACGUUACCAUGAGAGAGAUCCUGGAUGCGAUAUUUGGGCUCCUGAUCGCUCCUGAACCAGAAGAUCCUCUUGACAGCAUCUUGGCAGAAGAAUUCCAGAGCAACAAACACAAAUAUGAGGAAGAAGCCAAGAAAAGCACAAAGAUGUAUGCCAGUUCCUCUCUGGAUGACUUGGAAAAGAAAUAUGUAGGUCCAGAGUUACAGAAAAAUAUCACUCCUCCUACUUUAACUUGUCCUCUGUCACACAAGUUGUUUGUUGAUCCAGUGAAAACCACAGAUGGGAUGGUGUACGAACGCAGUGCUAUUGAGGAUCAUGUGAAGCAGUAA